AUCAUCAGUUUUCGAGUAAUCGUCAUCGAUUCAAUCUGUUCAAUUCUAUAUUCCUAUGUUUUAUAUUUUUUACGGAAUAUCUAUUAAAAUAUCUAUCAUGUUAUAAUCAAAUCAAGUGCAAAAUUAUUGGAGAAUAUAAAUAAAAGUUUGUGUCUUGACCGAAUGUAUUGAAUCCUCUGAGUAAGCUGUUUGGUGUCAGUGUUUGUUGUGUUUACAUGUAAAAUAAAACAGUAAAGUGAAAAAGGACAAGCCGAUUUGUUGGAACUAACAGUAAACAGGCAAUCAAUCAAGAGAAGAGCCCGUUUUGUUCAAAAUGGGAAGCAUGACUAAUAUCGACGAGCAUCGGGAGUUUCUGGAGUAUUUUAAAGCCCACGUUGACCCUAAUGAUCAGCUUCCGGUUCGAGUUCCUGGUUAUCAUCUCCUAGAGUCGGAAAUUGAUGGGGAGGUAAUCAACUGGGUGCUGCAAUACUUGCUCCAAAUGAGAUGCACUCAAAGUCUACUGGCACCUAUUGUAAAUGAAGUAGUUCAGAAAACUAGGAAGUCAUACCUCAAAAUACCCAAACAAUGUGGCUUAGAUGGAUACGCAUAUAAUCCUCUAAAAUUGAUCGCAAUUGUCAUAUCACACACGAAUGGUAUUUGUGAAAGGUUGCUUGAUAACGCUGAGUUGAACGAAAUUCUGGCGAAAAGUUCUGCAUCAGUAUUAAUGCAAACUCCGCGGCACUGCGUCAAAGCAAUUAAGAACACGCGCCGAAAAAUGGAAGACAGACACGUGUGCAUCGGCGACUUCAAUGGAAUGUUUGCAGUUAGAAAUCACGAGCCGACCAGCUUCUAUGGUGUGUUCGAUGGACACGGGGGCCAAGAUGCAGCAUUUUUCACAGCAGCUCACCUUUGCUACAACAUUGCAAAAAGUUCGAAAUAUCCGCACAACAUAGAAGGAGCAAUUAAAGAAGCAUUCUUAAAAACGGACGUGGCUUUUAUAGAUAAAUCAGACAAACAUGCACUCAAUUGCGGAACUACUGCACUAGCAUGCAUUUAUCGUGCAAUCGAGAAACGGCUCUUUGUUGGUUGGGUUGGUGACUCACAGGCUUUGCUAGUAUGCGAAGGAAAAGUUUGUCAAAUAGUAUCACCGCAUGUCCCUUCGGUAGAGAGUGAAUGUAGCAGAAUUGAAAAACUUGGAGGUGUCGUUUUGAACUGGAAUGGAACCUAUCGUGUUAAUGGGCAGCUUGCAGUAUCCAGAGCUAUCGGUGAUGCUCCAUUAAAACCAUAUAUUACUGGCGAGCCGGAUGUUUCAACAAUAUCGCUGGAAGGCAAAGAAGAUUUCCUGAUUAUUGCAAGUGAUGGUUUGUGGGAAUCACUUUCUGAAGACUUCAUUGCACUUUUUGUGUAUCGAAUGAUUGCAGACAAUCCAGAGUGCGCAGAUUCCAUCGCUGAAAAUCUAGUCGAACGCGCAAGAAAGGGAACAUCGGAUAAUAUCACUGUAGUGGUAGUAUUCUUUAAGGACCCUCAUCUUAUAGCUAAGUCAUCCUGGCUGAAUAAAAUGGAAGCAGCCUAUGACAAAAACAAUACCAACAGUGCUUUCGAUAAUGAGUCAUCACACUUCAAGUUCUCCAAUAUGGACGACGGUGAACUCAACAUUUCGUCAGAUAUACCAGAAUCAAACAACGAAGAGCACCAGCUAAUAUCUUCUCCAACAAUCGCAAAAAAUAGUUACAACGAAUCUAACAGUGUUCAUAUUAGUGACAAAUCAACAGACGUCGUUGAUCAUCAUCAACGAUUUGUGGAUGAUUUUGGACCGGAGACAGAUGUAGAUACCAUGGACGAUUCGAAUGUUGUCAAGUCUCCAUUAGAACAUCACACGAACGACAGUUUAAACGAAUACAACCUAUCGAAUGGGGUAAAACCCUUUUCACUAGAAAAUAAAAUAAUCCAACAGCUUUCGGAGCAAAACCUAGAUUUUUCAAGCGACAGUAAUCCGUUCAAAAAUGAUUCAUUGGACCUUAUUGGUGGCGAUCAUGUACUGCUGGAUCAAACGAUUGCAAAGGUCCCUAGUCCAUCCGGAGUGGUUGAUAACAAAAUUAUUGACGCGCUUGAAUCAUUGGCAGUCAGCAAGGAUAGUUCAGAAAAGAAUGAACUGGAAAGUGAAAAACAAAUAAAUGAUCUACUUGAUACUAGGCAGAAAUCUCCCGAAAUACUAGACUUUACGGAAAAAAUCGAUAACAUUCAUGAGAAGAGUAUUUUCGAUUUUAAUUCUGCAGCAGAAGUAGAUGACGCAUUUAUACAACAUUCCGAGAACACACUCAACCGUACUAUCGAACAAGACGCAACGUUCAUCGAAAAAGUUGAUACAACGCUCCUAACUGACACAGCAUGUGUGGAAGAAAGUGUUGGUGAAGACACUGAAGAAGAAGAGGACGAAUGGAACUACAUAAAGGGCGGCGACAAGAAAUCGGAAAUUAAUCUACAUAGCAACAUUCAACAAAAUACUAACCUAAAUGAAACGAACUGCGUCGAAGAGUCAUCACCUGUUGAAAGUGAACCAAUAGAUCCAGUGCAAGAGCCCCUUACUGAAGUGCAGGUCGAAAAUUCGCAACUGUUGGACUUUUCAUUCACAAACUACACAGAAAAAGAAGAUACUUUCGAAAAGAAAGAGAAGGACUUGGAAGUAAGCAAGCCAGCAGACGCUUUCGAGGAAUUUGCUGAUCCCAACGUUCCAGAUGAGAAUCGUUUAGAGGAGAAUACUUCUGUGGAAAAAGAAGAACAGCCGGCAGUUAUAAUUACGCAGAAGCUUGCAGAAACGGAAGAUAGCCCCUUAAUAGUAUCACCCAGCGUGGAAACGACAGUAUCAUCAGAGGACGUCGAUCACAGAUUGCUCAGUGAAGAUCAUCCUGUGGAAUCCGAACAAAUCCUGUUGGAGGAAACGGUUCCAGCAUACAUAACCAACGAACAGACGCUAUCAGAAAUUUCAUCAGAUCUUGCGACAGAAGAAAUUUUACCCCCGGAAAAUCUAGCAAAGGCGACGGCUACAACUAACGAUACUGAAGCUGCGGCAGAAAAUAAAGAAACUGUAGAUAGCGAAGAACCCAUAACUGAGCAAAAAAGCCUGGAUCAAGAACCAGAAACAAGCGUGGACGGAGAGCUUGAACGUCCAAAUAGCCUUAGCUUGGAGAUGGCUUCCAGACUAAAUCCCGAGGCAAAGGAAUUCGUUCCAAUCUGUUCACCGUCCAAGUCAAAUCCGACCAGCCCGGUUGCCAAUGCACCAACUAUGGUGACCAACUCCUUUUUGUUGCUUGAUGAUGAUACAGUUGUUGCCCAAAGCCCAAAAAAAUGUACUACAACAAUGGACAACAUUGAUGUUCCAGAGGAAGAUGAUUUCCAGCAUGAAAUGGAAAAGCGUCCACAUGAGUUAGCGAAGCCAUCGGAAUACAUUAAUGGCAAUGCUGAGACAUCGGCCCGAUCGCAUUCUCCUGCAAGCGAGCCAUCCUAUCAAGAACUGAAUCUAAAAGAAGCUAUGCAAGCUGAUGAAAAGAUGGAUCAUGAUUACAGCGAUGAAAAGCAAAUAGUUCCUAAGGAAAGUCCUGAUCUUUCCAAUGAUCAAAAUGUUUUGAACGUACUGAAUAAGGAUCAAGACCCAAUGAAUAUGUCGUUCUAUGAAGGUCGCGAUGAAGCACUUUUGAGUAAUGGUGAUGAACUGAACAAAGUGCAUGUGCUACCGGAAGAAGAAGACUUUGAAGACCAACCAAAUGAAGUUGUAGACACAAAUGAGGUGGAUGUUUGUGACGAAGAUGCACCGAUAGAAUCGCCACAUAUCGACGUUGUGGUGAAAGACAAAGUAGAAUUCGUAGAACCUGAAAUAGAACCUCAAGCAACACUGGAGGAUGAAGUUUGCUUAGAAACUAAAACAGAAAUACAGGAAGAACCAUCUGCUGCUAUAUUUGCUGUAGCCUCACAAGUUGUCAACGAUGUUGCUGCCCUAGUCGACCAAAUGCAAAUUGAACCAAUUACCACUAAUGAUUUGCUUGAAGACGAACUACAACAAGAAGCGAUCGUGAAUGAAAAGGCAACAGAUUCUGAGGAUUUAAAGAUGGAACAAAAUCAAGACAUUUUGAUUAGUUUGGAAAAUCAGAACGAAAUUAAACCACUGGAAGAUUCCUUGGUUGUAGACCAACCCAUUGAAUUGUUUAUUCCAUCUGCAACAGAAGAUGACAACAAUGUACAUUCUACAGAGACAGAAGAAUUGGUAUCACCACUUGUGGAAUCCGUGCAGCAAGAGGUGGUUGGCGAAAAUGAGUUUAUAACCGAUGAAAGCGUGUUGAAUGUACCUUCGCCUUCGCAAACCUCUUUCUUCGCUGAACCUCCCGUUAAAUGUGAACCAGUCGGUGAAGAAAUUGCCAAGGAAGAAAAAAUCGCAAUUGUAACCGACAAUCUGCCCACAGAAUUACUUCACGACUCAAUCGAAACUGCAAUAGUUGAUAAUCUAUUGAGCGCUGUCACCCCUGUUCAAGAUCAGGCAGAAGCAACUUCUGAGGUAAAAUUAGUGGAAGAUGUUAAAACUGAAGAGGUUGCACUGAAGACAACGGCGAGCAAGGUGUCAGCAGCAACUACCAAAUCAACCAGCACGACUAAAGUAACAACAACUAAAUCUUUGAAGCCGUCAGUAUCUUGCGCUGACAAAAAAACUCCUACAUCGUCAAAACUAUCACCGAAAACAGCUAAGACAACAACUACCUCGAAGCUUUCAAAUACCGCCAGUACUGUUAAGAGGGCUUCGGGAGUAAGCCAAGCUUCUUCGACUGUUACCAGCAGGUCGGUUGGUGCGGCGAAACCAUCGACAGCUCCGUCAAAUACGCGCCCCAACUCGGUUAGUACAGUAGCGAGUAGAAGUGCAGUCGCUGAAAAGAAGGCACUUCCAAUGGCUAAGAAACCAGUUGCAGCUGCUGUUAAUGGUGAUGUCAAGGCAGCUACUACCGCGAGGAAACCAUUAGCAGGAACUACUCUCAAGCCGUCGACAGCCACUAAAAACGUUGCCACAACAGGCAGUAGUAGCAGCGCUCCCAGUGCAAGGUUGCAAGGAACGACUACGAAGUUGACAUCAGCGAAACCAUUGACGACUACAACUAAGUCAUCAGCAUCCUCAGUAGCGAAACCAAGCUCCGCUUCAUCUCGCACUACGACCACUGUUCCUGCCGCUAAGCCCCGAGCUAUGCCGUCUAAUAUAAGCAAGACUACGUCCGCUACUUCAUCGGUGGCAAACAAAACCAACCAGGGGCCGACGAGCACUGUUUCCAAAAGAGUGAGCACUGUUGGGACGGCAGCAUCCAAAACAACCACAGCAACUAGAACAGCUACAUCCACUGCUACCAAAGCUACCUCUGUUACGAGCCGGACAUCCACCGUUUCGAAGCUAAGUAGUAGCAGUACCGUAUCUACAGUGAGAAAAACUACCGCAGCAUCACCUGCAAAGAAAUCGGUAUCAUCACCUGCUACGAAAACGACCUCUAAAACUACAUCAACUGGAAAAGCCGUCGCUACAACAAAGGUGGCAGCUACCAAUCAUGUCAAUGACUCCAAAGCUUUACACGCCGAAGGCAUUGCCAACGAUUUGUUGGAUUUUGAUAAACAGUUGAAAAAUGAUAACAAUCAUCUUAUUACGAAGAAUGGCAUCGACUCACCGAUGAUGGUGAUCGAUUCGGCUGCCGACUAAAUUCUUGUUCCUUAAUUUUGUUGCAAACUAUUUUUAUACAAUUUUUUUAUUUUGUGACAACAGAUUUGCAUGUGUAACUGGCAAACAAACUAUUAUUAUAUAAUAUGUUCGAAGGGACGAAAUAGAAUCUUCAAUAUAAUUACAUUACACACAGACACACACAGUGAUACUAAUUAAUGCAUGUUUAGUCGUCGUGUGGUUCGACUCCAGUCCAGUGUGUCGGCGGCAGGAAAAGAUGGAGAAUCAAUUGAGGCGAACUGUUCAAUGUUUCAAAAGGCUUGCUUUAUCGACUUUCUUGUUGUAGGAAAGUAGUAAAUUUAGAAUAGUUGGGCUAAUUCUACGAAUAGAGAAAAAUUAUGUUACUCGAACGAGGUGAGAAUUUAUUGUCGAAUGCAACCAUUUGGAUUGCCCCAUCGAUUCGAGUGAGAAUAGUCGAAACCGCAAAUGCGCACGGCAUUCUGCUUUUAGAAUUAGACCUAGAGUGUCAACAAACCAGUGGAAAGAAAAUGGAGAAUUACUCUCUAAAAGGUAUCAAAGAAGAGUGUUGAACCAAAUUGCACGUUUUAUAUUGCUUACACAGUUUGGCUCUUGUGAUGCCAAAACGGUAAAGUGUCAGAGAUCUCUUGACUAAUAUCCCCUCAUGGUAGAUGUGGCUUUGGUUCCUUUGUGGUAUUUUGUAUUCCGAACGCUUUAUUUUCAAAUGUGAAGUGAUUGGUUUAUAUCAUUUAUCUAUUACUUAAAGACACUUUUUCAGUAAUUCUGCUAAGCUGCUAGGUUCCAGAUAUGUACUUGCGGAAUAAAUACAAUAUGACCAAAGGCUGAUUUCAUCUUCGUUAAGAGCACCAAGAUUAAUCGUACGGGUAAUCACCGUUCACGAGUUAAGCGGAGGUGAAGAAAUUAGUCCUUAGUCCUGUUUGAUCCUCUAUAUUCUGUUUGAUAUUAAUCUUCUAAUCCAUUUUAAUUUUAAGAUUGUAAUAUUUCAAAUCAACUUCUAAUAAUUCCUGUUUCAUGAUUACGACCAAUUCAAGUCUUUAAUUUGUUACCAUUUAAAUAACUUCAUCAGGGGUUUAGUUUUGAAAUAUUUAAAGUGAUACUGGAACCAUGAGAAAUUGGCUUGACCAACUAAAAAAAAGUAUGACAUUUCACUAAUUGAGCUGUAAUGUUUGUUCAUUUUGAAUAAUGGAAUGCUGACAGAUGUGUUACUUUCAUUGAAAUAGUUUGAUUCUUUAAAUGUCUAGACUGCUAAAACAAAUUUAAUUGGCGGAAAAUUUCACAAAAUGCAUAAAAACUCAAUUCGUCAAUUAUGUGUUAUUUGAGCACGUUCUUACUACUCAGAUUACUGUUAUGUAACCCUUUUCUGUUAGUAACAGGUAAUAUUUCGUGUAGAAUUUCAUAAAAAUGUUAGGAUGUUUUUAAAAACAGAAAUCAAAGCACUGGUACCAUUUUUUUCUUAAUCAACUAUGUUGAGCGAAGAACUCUAAAAAUCCACAUAAAAACUGCAAUUUUCAAUUUUGGAAUUCACCUCUAAAGUUUUAAUAGGGACAUUUUUUGGCCCCAAAUCACAUUUAUUCUCCACGCCAAUACUAUAAACUCGAUUUUAAAUUGUUCGACAAUCUCAAUUAAUCAAUCGCAAACAAUUCUCCACAUACAGGCGUCUGAUUAGCCCGACAAUGAUCAAAGAAAUCCUGGUUCUUCUAAUCUUUUGAUGGAAUUUAAAUAUGGAAUUUUGUAGACGUUGCUAACACUUCCUAAUUUGAACCUUUUUUUUUGCUUGUGACCAUGUCGCAUUCUACGUGGUGAAAGUUUUACACAUAAUGCUUACUAUGCACUGAACGUAAAUUAUGCACCGUAUACUUAUAGUUGUUAAUAAUUCGAUGAACGAAACAAUUACAGCGAAAUCCUCUUACUAAUAGACUUACAGUGUUCUGCAAUAAAUAGUGCUCUGAGGGGCUAUUCUUUAUUUAUAUACAUUUGCUAGUAAUUUAUUUUCCAUAAUAAUAAAUAUGCUAAUCAAACAAAAAAUUUGCUUCGUCAAAAUUGUGGGAAUCGUUAUUUCAUCAGUGCAUCAUCAUAGAUGAUUGUUUCAUGGAUUGUCAAAACAAUGACUUUGAAAUACUAUGCCUGCAGUUGCAAAACAAAGUCAGCAUUCGCGAAAAACGAGUUUUCUUCCAUUUCAUAAUGAAGCAACAAUAGAAGUAUGCAUAGUAAGGAUCUGUCUCAUUUGGAGAAUUAAACUGAAAUUAAGCUUAAAAGUGACAUUCCAAUAAUUAUCGAAUAACCCACUUUUAAGUUUGAUUUUAGUUUAGUUCUCCAAAUGAGACAGACCCUAAGCACAGCUGUGUUGUAAACAUUAUACAUGUUUUAUUUGUGAGUGUUGACUUCUAUUUUCAACUUGAAGCAUAAUUCAAACCCGUAAGCUAGUCUCACAAAGUUUGCUUAUAUGUAUAUCUUAAAAACGCACAAAAAUAACACAGGAAUCCCUUAUGCUGUAUAGCGAAAAGAAAGCUAAUAACACCAUGUAUGCCAUUUGUGAAAUACUUGUUUUCUUUGUUUGCUUACAUUAAAUUUAAGGUGUAGGCUAUGAAACGAAAUUGAUGUCCAUCAUUUUAGGAGCUAUUCUCCAAAGAAAAAAAAGAUUAGGUGACAUGUUUUGCAUGCAUAGCAAUACUGCUUGAAUCAAACUCGAUAUCCACAAGAGCAUUCAAAUAAAAUUUGAUUGAAAAAUUAGUUCAACUUUGAUUUGAGUGAAGAAUCAGAAUGAGUCGCAUUUUUCUGCAAGCUAUAAUUUGCAAAUAUUUUGUUGCUAGAAGUCAAUAAUGUUACUGUUUUAUCCGUUGAGCUAAUGAACGUACUGGAAUUGCAUACAUAUACCUAUCCAUAAUUUACCGAAAAAAUGACCAAUUCAUACAACAUGUAGCUAAUAUAAUCAAAGUAUUUAUCUUGCGCUUGAUAAACUCGUGCGAUGACAUAGUAGAUAUCUAUUGGCAAAAAUAUUGUCUACUUACUUUCGAACAAAAGUAAACCAAAACGAACAAUCACAUAAGAACGAAAAGAACAGAGAACCUUAGACUGGAAAAGCGAGAGGAUAACAAUGUUUAUUAUUACUGCUACACAUGAUUUGAAAUCGAAUGAUUAUUUUGAAACUAAGUAAGAAACAGGACUAUUAUAUCUACUUAUCGCUUGGUUGUUUAUUCAUAGUAACUGAUUUUUAAAAUGAACGAAUAAUGGAACUGAAAUAUAAUUUAAUACCCCAUUAGAAUCAUUAUAAUAACUGAAAUAACAACAAUAUUAUACCCAUGCUUGCAAUUUUACACAGUUUAUUAUUCAACGCAUUAAAUAGAGGAACUCAACGAAAACGUCUUAAAAAAAGAGAUCCUCAUAGGGAGGCGUUAUUACUGUUAGUCAGUUGUAAGGAUUAGCUGGAUCAAUAAAAAUGGCGAUGAUUCGACCGA